AUGAAUCAAAAUUAAAGGAAAUUCGUUAGAUGUUUCAAUUGCAAUAUCAAACCUGCGACCAUUAAAUGUUUCGAUUGCAAUGAAAAUGAACCAAUAAAAUUAUGUUAUCAUUGUGAUUCUGCCUUGCAUAUUGAAUAAGAUCAUUAAAAAUAGAUUAUUCCAUAUGAUUAGAUGGUUAUAAGUGAGGACAGAACAAAGUCAGUGACUCCAGAGAAAUAACAAGAAACCACUCCUCAUUUGAGUUCAAUUUUAAGAUCCAGAAUUAAAAAGAAUGAAGAAAAUGCUAAUUAUUUAAACAAUAAUGAAGAACAAUUAAAUAAUAAUUAAAUUAAGUCUAUUGAACUAAAAUACAAAAUAAAAUUGCAAGAAUAAGAGAACACCAUUAAUUUAUUGAAACAACAUAUCGAGAAUAUCGAAAACAAACAUAAAGAAAAUUUAUCAAAGAUGCGAGAUUAAUUAAUCAAAUCCCAAGAUGAAAUAUUUAAAAAGCAAGAGGAACAGAUUCAUGAAAUUAACAAAUUGAGAAAGUCUUAUGAUGACAAAAUAGCUCAAUAUAUCUCUUAAGUCGAUAGUGAAACCCAAUUCAAUAAUUCACUUCAAUCCAAAUUAGAUGAGUUAAGAAAUGUCCACUAAAUAAAACAACAAGAAUCAUAACAGACAAUAUCCCAAUUAAGAGCUGAAAUUGAAAGAAGAAAAUUCUAGGAGGAGUAAGUUUUGAUAGAUGCUGAAAAUUAGUAGAUUAAAUUGAAGAAAGAAGCUCAAUAGGAAUUUGAAAAAAACAUCACAAUUAUUAGGAAUGAUUGUGCCUUAUAAAUUGAAGAAUUUAAGCAGAAAUUAGGAGCCAAGGUAGAACAAAUUUAAUCUUUACAACAAUAAAUUUAACAAUUAUAAAAUACACUUAAGGAAAUUGAAAUUGUAUGGUCUAAAAAACUAUAAUAUGAAUAAUAACAAUAUGAGGAAUUAAAAAAUAAAUACACACAAAGUAAGGAUGAAAGUGAAAAUCUCAAAAAAGAAAUAAAGAAUCUGUCAUCAGAGAUAUCUAUAUACUAAAAAGAAAAUGAAUUGUUUUAAAAAGAGAAAUUGUCAUUAACAAAAUAAUUAAAUCAAUAGAUGGAAAAAAAUGAGAAAAUGGAUCGAUUUAUUUACGGAUCCAAGAAAUCAUAAACCAAAAUCAAAAUCUGA